GGUAGUGAGGUAGCUCAUUGGUCCAACGUCACAUCGCUGUCUUAUGUUUAUGGCUCGUUAUCAUGCUCGUUAUACAUGAAAUGUUCAUAUUUAAGCUUAAAGUAGUGCCAGCAUCCGGAUUGUGUCGGAGACCAUGAGUGUCGCAGAGAAAACGAUGCGUAUGUCCUGUCUUUACUCCUUGUUGUUUACUUAGCUCUCCUCCGUAUUAGUUUCCGCUCUUUAGCAUCACCCAUCACUCUGCUACCAUCCCAGCAGCGAUGUGCACGGAGGGGAAAGAGUUGCAGGACGAUUGCGGCUCCCGGGAGGAGUGGACGCUCCUCUUCUGGACCUCUCUGGCCGUCAUCGUCCCGGUUAUCAUCACCCUGUGGUGCAGCGCCCAGCGCUCCAAGCGGAAAACGCACAUGAAGGGUUUCUUUCGUAAGAGCAAGCACGGCUGGCACUACACAGACCUGUUCAACAAGCCCACCUACUGCUGCGUCUGUACGCAGCACAUCCUUCAAGGGGCUUUCUGCGACUGCUGCGGCGUGUGUGCCGACGAGCAGUGCCUGCGCCGGGCUGACCGUAGCCUGCCAUGCAAAGAGAUCAUGGCCUCCUCCAAUGCUGAAGGAGCCAUUGAGCACCGCUGGGUCCGAGGAAAUGUCCCCCUGGCCAGCUACUGUGCUGUAUGUAAACAGCAGUGUGGGACCCAGCCGAAGCUCUGUGACUUCAGGUGUGUGUGGUGUCAGUCCACGGUGCACGAUGACUGCAUGGAGAGCAUGGAUGAUGCAGACCAGUGUGACCUGGGCGAGUUUCACAGCCUUAUCAUACCUCCUCACUACCUCUACCGCGUCAACAAGCUCCGCCGCCGGCAACCUGACGAGUACGCCAAGCUGGCAUCCUCCUGUGGCAGUGGCUGGACUCCAGUGUUGGUCUUGGCAAACACACGCAGUGGUAACAAUAUGGGGGAGGCUCUGCUGGGAGAAUUUCGCACCCUUCUAAAUCCAGUGCAGGUGUUUGACCUGUCUGAGCUGACUCCAUCCAAAGCCCUCCAGCUGUGCACCCUGCUGCCUCCUAGUAGUGUCCAGGUGCUGGUGUGUGGGGGUGAUGGCACAGUGGGCUGGGUGCUUGAUGCCAUAGAUACCAUGAAGCUGAAGGGUCAAGACCAGUUUAUGCCCCGGGUGACUAUCCUGCCCCUGGGCACAGGAAAUGACCUUUCCAACACUUUAGGCUGGGGUGCCGGGUAUGCUGGAGAGAUCCCUGUGGAACAAGUUCUCCGUAACGUCCUUGAUGCAGAGGUGGUCAAAAUGGACAGAUGGAAAGUGCAGGUGGCUUCAAAAGGCCUUUACUUCCGCAAACCAAAGGUUCUGUCCAUGAACAACUACUUCUCCGUGGGGCCUGAUGCUUUGAUGGCGCUCAACUUUCACACACACCGUGAGAAGACCCCCUCCUUCUUCUCCAGCCGCAUCAUCAACAAGGCCGUGUAUUUCCUGUAUGGCACCAAAGACUGUUUGGUUCAGGAAUGUAAAGAUCUGGAUAAGAGGAUUGAGCUGGAGCUAGAUGGAGAGAGGGUGGUGCUGCCCAGCCUGGAGGGCAUCAUAGUCUGUAAUAUUGGCUACUGGGGUGGAGGCUGCAGACUCUGGGAGGGUAUGGGGGAUGAACCUUGUCCCCCCACACGCCUGGAUGAUGGUCUGCUGGAGGUUGUGGGUGUGUUUGGCUCCUUCCACUGUGCUCAGAUCCAGGUCAAGCUAGCCAAUCCUGUACGACUGGGACAGGCUCACACUGUCAGGCUGGUUCUCAAGAACUCCAAGAUGCCCAUGCAGGUGGACGGGGAGCCAUGGGCCCAGGGUCCCUGUACCAUCACCAUCACCCAUAAGACCCAGGCCCUUAUGCUUUACCACAGUGCUGAGCAGACAGAUGAUGAUGACGAAUCAAGCGCCUCUGAGACAGAGAGCCCCACCCCACAUGACUCACCGCGUCCGCCAGCUCAGGCAGUACCCUCUCCACAGGUGGGACAGUCAGGAGGAGGUGAAUGUUAAAGAGAAAGAUUGCUGUUAAUUUGCACUGAUCCUUUGUGCCAUAGAUGUCUGUAGUCAACUAUACUAUAUUUAUUAUACAUGCCAAGUGCAAUCUUGCAGGUAUUGGUGAGCCAUUUUUAACAAGUUGCCCAAAGUCAAUUGACCGAACCUCUUUAAAGCCAUGUGAAAAUCAGCAGAGAGAUGAAAAAGCAGCAGUGCAGGAAAGAACUGCAGUGAAUGUGAAGUGGAGAUUUAGUUUCAGAGGUAUGCUAAGCUUUAUCGCCAAUAAUAAUAUUUUAUAUUCAAUAAGAGCACAAACACAUAGCACACAUAUUUUCUGCAAAGUAUUGGAGCGUGUAUAGACUCCAGUUGAUGAAUAGUCGACCUGUACUGAACGGCUGUUUAAUUCUUGUUGAACAUUUUUAAGUAUCUCCUGCAUUUAUACCCAAGAUAAGACUUUAGGAUGUGUGUACUGGCCAAAAGGAAGUUAUGCCCCUGUUACAACAAUGCAAUGUGUUGUCAAUCACUGGACAUUGAUGCUGGUUUGUUUAUGAUGCACUGUCUGUAGUAUCUCACCAAACCGCUGGUUUGUUCUCAGAUGCAGUCUCAAAGUAUUAUGGUAUUUAACUUUCCUGUAAGAUCUACAGGAUGCAGCCUGAUUGGUGUAAUCUGAAAUGACUGCCAAGUUGUCCAGGGGGUUAAUUUUGCCUACAUGUUACGCCUUUUGUUUUUCCUCUCUUUUUACCAUGUUCCUGCUGUUUACAUAUUUUGUGCUGCACAGUUUUGGCAUUUACACUGAUAAAUACUGUAACACUGCUUAGAGCAUAGGACUUGUAUGAAAUCAUUACAUUGACCUUUGAUGUUGCUGCGGUUAGUGAUCACUGCUGAUGAGAUUAAACUCUCCCUUAAUGUUGUUUUAUGUUAUUUUAAGUAACGCUCUUGCAUUACAUAUUUGAGUGUUACCAAACAGACACCACAGGGUGGCAGACCAGUAUAGUAUUUCUGUAGAAAGAUCAAGUGUAGUUGAUUUUCUACUUUAACAUCUACCGGCUAAUUGGUAUGCCACCAGAGAUAUGUGCAUGAACUUUACUAUGUUGUGUUCAGGUGACAUUUGUAUGUGUCUUGGUUGCAUCCUUCUUGUACUCUACAUUCUGGGUGCAAGAUGUUAUUUGUCUCUCUGUCAUGUAUUGUUUUUGUAUGUGCAUUUCUUUUUGGACGGUCCUUUAUGUUGCAGUAUAGUUGCCUAUUGCUCACAGCCAUAUAAGAGAAGUCUAUAGAAUGUCAGUUUAUGCUUUCCUCUGAACCCAGAGUCAACAUGCUGCUCAUAGUCAGACUGAACAGGGAUCAGUUUUAGCCGCGUGAUGCCUAUGCUUUUGGAAUAUGCUCCUCCUUGGCAGGUAACCAAGCUUCAUUGUUUUAUUCCCCUUUUGUUGUUUGGUGAAUUUCCUCUGACUGAAGGACACCUGUUCUAUCUUUUACCUUAUCACUCAUGUUUAUCAGAGUUUGUUUAUUGCACUGAUGGGUUUUCAGCAACACAAGCAACCUGGCUUUAAUUGAAAGUAUUAUUCUAAAAUAAGAUUCCUCAUUAAUUAUUGGAUAAAUUGUGAUGUAUUUUGUUACAGAUAUUCAAUGUCAGUUAAUGAUUACUUAAAUUUUGCUUGUACUGAUAAUUGAUUUAGAACCAAGUUUCAUGCUGACCAAAUGUCCUUAAACUUAAGCUAAAUUGAAAGCUUACAUGUUCAAAAUUACAAUACAACCACUACUCCAAACUAAGACUGGAUACUGUGUAAAAUUGAAAUAAAAACAUAAUCUAAUGGUUUAAAAAUAAUUAAAACCCUGUUUAAUUGAAAAUGGUGGACAUAAGAUAUUAAAUGUUGAAACUGAAAAGUGUUAUUGUUUUAUGAAAUAGAAGUUCAUUUUAGAUUUGAAGCCAGCAAUCAAUUUCUAACAAGUUUGGAUAGGGGCAUGUUUACCAUUGUGUUGCAUCACCUCUUCUUUAAACAACUGUGUUGAUGUUUGGGAACUGUGGAGACCAGUUUUGGUGUUCUGAAUUUAAAAUGUUGUCUCAUUCUUGCCUGAUGCAGGAUUUCAGCUGCUCAAUAUUUCAGGGUCUCCUUGUUUUCAAUGGGUGAUAAGUCAGGACAAGAGUCACCAAUACCUUCAGAUAAUACAUUGUCCCAUCGGGCUUUGCUGUCAUCGACUCUGACAAUUUUCUCUACAGGAAGGUGGCCUUUAAAAAUCAGAUGAUGUCACUUUACGAACAACAAAGAAUCUGUUAGGGAGUAUAUCAGGGUGGAUGGGUAUGUCAAACCCAGGACUUUCACCUUUAAUACUGCUGUACAUACAUGUCCUGUGUGAAGACAAAAGUUAUUGUUUACUGAUUGACAAAGUAUUGUACUUUAAUUGUUUUCCUGGAAAAAAAAUAUGUGUUGGUGCUUCAACCUAGCUUAGGGUUGGCACUGAUGUACUUAAAUUAGGUUGAGGAAACAGUUUCCCACGUCAUGAUUCCCAGGUAGUUUUUUUUUUUUUUUUUUAGCCUUUAUUGACAGGACAAUUGGAGAAAGACAGGACAUGUGGGGAAUAGAGAGUGGGGGAAGACGUGCAGCAAAUGGUUGAACCAGCGACCUCUACGACGAGGACUAUAGCCUCUAUACAUGGGGCACUUAGACCGCUGAGCCACCAGCGCUUCCCCCGGUAGUUUUGAUGUGUUAACGUGGUAUGUUUGAUACAGUGGGUGUGUCCUGAACUACUACACGGUUGUUUAUUGACAGAUAGCCCUGCUGUAGCUCAGCCUUUAAGUUAAACCACCAGGCGACACCAGCCAAACACAGAACUGUAGCAUAUUGUGCAGAACGUGCAGAAGAGCUAUUCCAAUGUGGCCAAAUCCAAAAAUUUGAUAAAAGCAGCUUUGAUAUGUUGAGAGGUGACGACGUAAACCUGAGUCUGUGUCCAAAACAACUGCUGCACAGAGCAUAAUCUUUGUAAGUGACAUCAUGACCUUUUUUUUUUUAGGUGUUACAAUCAAAAUGCUUCACUCCUUUUGGUGAUAAGAAUUUAUCUUAAAGCUAAACUAAAUUAGUUUUUCCUGGCCUAUCAUAAUGUCUCCGCUUCCUGGUUGCUUGUGUGGCUGAAAACUGUCCUGUCUUAUGGUCAGGGUUGAACCUGACUGUGUUACUGUAUUGACUGUUCCUCACUCAUUCCUGUCAGUUUACUUUAAUUGUUCAGUCUUGGUAGAUGUAGUACAGUACAAAUGUAAACUGAAUUAGGCACCAACUUUUGUCUGCGACAAAACACUUUUAUUAUUACUAAAUAUUUAAUUAUGCUUAUUUCAGUACUAUUAACUUUUUGUUCAAAAGAGAGAAACUUUAAGAUUGGUAGGAGGGAGCAGAAAAAGUUGAAGAGUUUUGAACACAGUAAUAGAGGAAGCCUUAUGCUGUUUCUGCGGAGGAGAAACUCUGACUUUAUUGGAACAAUCAUGCUUAAAUGGCAGAAAAGACAGUUUUGCAAAGUUGCUACCACUGGAAACAAAAACAGAUUUUGAUUGAACUGAAUGUACUGAAGUGAUCUUUGGAAUUUGAAAACAUACCCAUAAAUAUUUUUUAUAUACAA